GCUCCUCUCCAAGAAAACAACUCGCAUGUCCCAUUGAAAACAGCUGAGGAUCCGAAAGGAAGGGGUUGUGUGAAAGGAGUGGGACAGUGAAGCAGACAAAAGAAGCUGCGGUUGCGUGAGCGUCGCGUCUUGGGAGCGCGAUAGCUGGCCGUCCAGUUUGUUUCUUUAUUAUUUCCAUCAGUAAAACACACACAGGGCGGGGGAGCACUGAAGGCCGAACGCAGAGGGACUCGAUACCGGACUGGGCUCAUCGUUACAUUGCGAGAUACCGCAGAACAAAGGGAGUCUCGAGCGAGGAAUGAGCGAACCGAGCCUGGCGCCACUGAAACAGGGCCAAAUGUUCUUGUGAGAGCAGCAAAGGCACACAAACUCAUCCGAAACAACAUUUAACAUCACUGGAAGACCCUCGAACCGCGACAGACCCGCUAUUCACAAUGUUUCCACAGAACCGCAACCCGGCACCUCUGCAGCCACCACCUGGGGCCUCGGCUUCAGCUGCAGCAGCAUCGGGGUCGACCCAACCUCUUAAACUCACCUACCCCGAGACCCUGGACCGCAUAAAGGAGGAGUUUCAGUUCCUACAGACGCAGUAUCACAGUCUAAAGUUGGAGUGUGAAAAGCUGGCCACGGAGAAGACGGAAAUACAGAGACAUUAUGUCAUGUACUAUGAAAUGUCCUACGGCCUAAACAUAGAGAUGCACAAACAGACUGAGAUCGCCAAACGGCUGAAUGUGAUCUGUGCCCAGCUUAUUCCAUUCCUGUCACAGGAGCAUCAGCAGCAGGUGGUCCAAGCCAUGGAGCGUGCCAAACAGGUGACUAUGGGGGAGUUGAAUGCGUCGAUAGGGGUACGUGGACUCCCCCCUCUGCCUCCCACACAACAGCUGCAGGCCCAGCAUCUUUCCCAGCAUGCGGCCCAGGGGCUGCCCAUGGCCCCUCACCCCUCCGGACUGUCUCACCCGGGCCUGGCUCUGGGGGGUAGCUCUGGGCUGCUGGCUCUUUCUGGGGCCCUUGGGGCCCAGCUGGCCUCUAAAGACGAGAGAGCCCAUUUGGAGGCUGUGGCGGCGGCCGCCGCUGCUGAACACCACAGAGACUGGACGCGGGGACGUUUACCUGCCCUUCCCAUGAUCCCCAUAGACCGUGAACCUGGACCAAGUUCCCUCUCAAAUGGAGACAAAGGCAGGCCUUCAGACUAUCUCAGCAAUGGCAAAAAGAGAAAAGCAGAUGAGAAGGAGUUUAUGACAGACUACGGCAGUGACGUGGAGAAGAGUGAUGAUAAUUUGGUUGUCGACGAGGACCCUUCUUCUCCACAUAGUGUACAGUCGUACUCCUCCAGAGAGAAUGGAUUGGAUAAACUCCCACCCUCCCGUAAGGAGCCUCUGCCCCAGGCCAGUCCGACCUCGCUGGCUUCCUCCAGCAGCGCUGCUUCCCCCUCACGCAGCAAGGAUCCUCCUCCGAGAGAGAAGUCUAGCACUCCAGGCAUGAAGCCUGGCACGCCCAUGUCCCAGGAGUCAUCCACACCAGGUCCCAGUGUCCCUCCGCAGUUUCGCCCUGUUCCUGGCAAACCCAGUGUUGACCCUCUUGCAUUAGGCUUAAGGAACCCAUUGGUGGUGCAGGGCGCAUACCCCCCUGGUGCAUUCGGUCUGCCUCCGCCCGGGGUAAAUGGGGAGUUGGCUGGAGCCGUGGGAUACGGUGCUGGUCUCCACCUCGUCUCACCACAGAUGAAUGGCUCAGCCGCUGCAGCCGCCGCGGCUGGAUACGGACGCUCACCUGUGGUGGGCUACGAGUCUCCUCAUCCCCAUAUGAGAGUCCCAGGUUUACCUGCGAGUCUGCAGUCUGCUGCUUCUGGAAAACCUGCAUACUCGUUCCAUGUGAGUGCAGAUGGUCAAAUGCAGCCGGUGCCUUUCCCUCCUGAUGCCCUCCUCGGACCUGGCAUCCCGCGGCAUGCCCGUCAGAUCCACACCCUCAGUCAUGGAGAGGUGGUGUGUGCGGUCACCAUCAGCACCUCCACACGUCAUGUCUACACCGGUGGGAAAGGCUGCGUUAAAGUGUGGGACAUCAGCCAACCGGGCAGCAAAAGCCCAAUGGCCCAACUCGACUGUUUGAAUAGAGACAACUACAUCCGCUCAUGUAAGCUCCUCCCAGAUGGGCGGACCUUGAUAGUUGGAGGUGAAGCCAGCACGCUGUCGAUCUGGGACUUGGCCACACCCACACCGCGCAUCAAGGCUGAAUUAACUUCCUCGGCUCCGGCCUGCUAUGCUUUGGCCAUCAGUCCAGACAACAAGGUCUGUUUCUCCUGCUGUAGUGAUGGAAACAUUGUGGUCUGGGAUCUGCACAACCAAACACUUGUCAGGCAGUUCCAGGGCCACACAGAUGGAGCCAGUUGUAUCGACAUCUCCAAUGAUGGGACCAAAUUGUGGACAGGGGGUCUGGACAACACUGUGCGCUGCUGGGACCUGAGAGAGGGCCGACAGCUCCAGCAGCAUGACUUCACCUCACAGAUCUUUUCUCUGGGUUACUGUCCUACGGGAGAGUGGCUUGCAGUGGGAAUGGAGAGCAGUAAUGUGGAAGUGCUGCAUGUCUCCAAGCCAGAUAAAUACCAGCUGCAUCUUCAUGAGAGCUGCGUUCUCUCACUCAAGUUUGCCUACUGUGGUAAAUGGUUUGUGAGCACAGGCAAAGAUAAUCUACUGAAUGCAUGGCGAACUCCAUAUGGAUCAAGCAUAUUCCAGUCCAAGGAAUCAUCCUCCGUUCUCAGCUGUGACAUCUCCCCUGACGACCAGUUUAUUGUCACUGGCUCAGGAGACAAGAAAGCUACUGUGUAUGAAGUCAUUUACUAAAAUGAAUGUGUUUGGAUCGCUGUUCGUUAAAAGAAAAGCUGAUUGCUUGAGGAGACCAGAUUCAUCAUUAUUUUGCCUCUGAAUUGGGAGACAGAAGAUGUGACAUGGACAUGAAUAUGGACUUGGGAGACAGCUGAACUUUUUGUUUGACUUCCGUUUGGAACGACGGACUCCAGGAUCAGACGGGAUCUCCAGAAAUGACCUUGUUUUUUAAUGCUGUGAGAGAGCUAGUAGUCUAGCUUCAAAAACAUGGGAUUUCUCCAAAGACCUCCUUUCUUUUUUUUUUUUUUUUUU